GUUUUCAAACAAUAUUAUAUAUUGCAUUUAUCAUCAAAACUACCACAGCAAUUGGUGGUAUUUUUGGUUUAAAAGCUGCUACCGGUGAUAUACCACAUAUUGGUUUUGGUAAUCCAUGGAUUACUCAACCUCAAUUUGCACAUGCUGGUUUACCACAUUCACCAUAUCCAUUAUGGGGAUACGGUAAUAGAGGUAUUUAUUAUCCAUAUUAUCCAUAUUUGCAAUUUUUACAACAACCGACAAGCAGAUUUUGGUCAUCAAGACAUCAUUUUCAUAGGGGUGGAGGAUUUCCAUGGAUGAUUCAUGGAUAA